UCCAGUGGGUCCCGGUCGAACCUGCGCCGUCUCGCACUGGCGGGCGGAGCUUCGAGCCGGAGCCGUCUCGCACUCGAUGGUUCUCCUACAGGAGAGUGAUUUCCUGACGAGGCUCACGGAGCUUUAUGAUCUGAAUCGAUCAGGCACCGUGUUCUUGACUCUGAAGCGCUUCGCCGGAAGGCUCGCCUCGUUGCGGCGGCGGAAGCCGAAACUGCAAGAAGAAGCGGCCAACAAGGAGGAACCCAGGUGCCUUGUGCGGGCAUGCUCCAACCGACCCCGCUCGAAGAUGAGCUGUGUCAUUGAGGCCAAAGACCUCGUGAGGUUCCAGAUUGCGCUGGGAAACAUCAUGCGUCAACAGAUGGAUGGCCUAAAGACUCGCGAAAGAUCGAAGGAAGAGCGGCAAAAGGAGCGAGAAGAGAAGAGAAAAGCCAAGGCAGCGAGCGGAGUGAAGAAAGAUAGUGAGGAGAAGAAGGACGUCAAGGCGAAGUCCAAGAGCAAAAAAGGAAAGAAGAAGUGACAAGCCGGACAUCCCUUUCAGCGAAAGACACGGCACUCUUACAGUCGCCGAGUGCGCUCGCAAA